GACACUAUAUUAGUAACCUAAAAUAAUUUUACUGAAGUUUUCUUGAGAAUAUAUUAUGCCGCUUGGAAAAUUCGGGAAAAUUACAAUUUCGUGGUUAGUGGUGACAGUGACAAGUUUAUCAUUGUUCGUGGUAGCCAAGGACCACAUAAAUGCGCGUCGUCUAGAGAACAUGAGAUCUCGGGAACGUAUGCGCAAGUCCAACGAAGGAGAAUACCCAGACGUGUACAGGUCUCUUUGAGUACAAAUUUUAUUUCAAUUAAGUCACAUAUACAAAUAAUCGAAGAUGGCAGUACCCCAGCUAGACCCUGCUAAGUUGCAGCUGGUGCAAGAGUUGGAGAUUGAGAUGAUGUCGGACAUGUACAACCGACUGGUCACCGCAUGCCACCGUAAAUGCAUACCCGUUAAAUACCAUGAGACAGAGCUUGGGAAGGGCGAGUCUGUCUGCUUAGACCGAUGCGUGGCUAAGUACCUCGAUGUCCACGAGCGCAUCGGCAAGAAGCUAUCCAAUAUGUCUCAGGGCGAAGCAGAAGACCUCACCAAGGUCAAUCCGCUAGAUCCCAAGAAAUAGUACUAGAUAGACAUGGAUGCCACUUAUCUUGAAUCAUACUACAAUAGACAUGUACAUUUGUAAAAGUAACAUUAAAUGUGCCCAAUGAGCAGAGAUAAAAAAUAUAAACAAAAAAUGUUAUGUACCCCUGGAAGUUUUUAUAUAUUUUAUCUUUACUUGUUGAUGUUGUGCUGUUUAGUCACAUGUAAAGGUUGAAUAUUCUGUAAAAUAGUAGUAAUAUAUACCAGACAGGCAUAAACACGCAAUAAUAAUUUGGUUCAUGUAAUUUUGCGAUGUGUCUUUGAUUUGUUAUUGAGUAUUAUAGUGUAGCCAUCACAUUAAAUGACUGUUGCAUUUAUUUUCAGUUGUCUUUAUCAAAUCCAUUUGAACUCUUGCAGAUUUCUCCCUGACGACAGCUCAAUUCUAACAAAUCAGUUCUUAUUACCACUUCACUCGGCGAAAUAUCCCAGCGGCAUUUAAUGUAUACCACGACCUCAAUAAAGACUGUUUAAUAAUAUUCCUAAUACAAUACCGAAUGUCUAGAUUCUAAGCUAGGGUGAUUCAAAAUAUGUAUCAUCCAAUAAAUCUUGCAAAGUGAGACAAAUUCCUUGUUGUACGGGCCAUAAAGACGAAAAUACCAAAUUUCUUGUCUACAAUGGGUCAUUAUUGAUAUUUAGUAAUUUAAUGAUUUUGUUUGAAUGUUAGGAACUUGUUAGAAAUAAAACUAGACAAAUCCAA